AUGCUGCCUCCUCCGUCGAUAUUCCCUCCAAUAUUUCAUCAGCCACCACCUUCUCCUCCUCCAUCGUUUUUCCCUCCAAACCCAUUUCAGCCUCGGCCUCCCCCCACUCCUCAUUCAUCCUUAUUCCCUCCAAUGUUUCCACCGCCUCCUACUGCUCCAGCUCCUCCUCCCUCGUUCUUCCCUCCAAACCCAUUUCAGCCUCAUCCCUCCUCAUCCUCCUGCAGCUCCUCCUCCAUCAUUAUUCCCUCCAAUAUUUUCUCUCCGCCUCCAGCUGCUCCACCUCCUCCACGAUCAAUGUUUCCUCCAAAUCCAUUUAAGCCACGUCCUCCUCAGUCUUCUCCCGCUCCUCCUCCACCAUUUUUCCCUCCAGUGAUUCCUCAUCCUCCUCCAGUUUCCCCUCCUCCUCGAUCAUUUUUCCCUCCAAAUCCAUUUCAGCCUCGUCCUCCUCAGCUUCCUCCAGCUCCUCCUCCAUCGUUUUUCCCUCCUAUAUUUCCUCCACCUCCUGCUGUACCAGUUCCAUCUCCUCCAUCGUUUUUUCCACCAAACCCAUUUAAGCCUCGUCCUCCUCCUCUUCCCAGUACUCCUCCACCUCACUCUCUAUUUCCUCCACUGCCGCCAAUCUUUCCAGGUCUGCAUCCUCCUCCACCACCACCACCACCUCCUCCUCCACCCUCUCACUUUAUUUUUCCAAUUCCGCCAUUCCCAUUUUUUCCACCACCUCGUAACCCUGGCCCUCCUCCUACUCCAUCUUUUUCAGCAAACAAACAACAUACUUAA